AUCGCUUCGUCAUAAUUUUCUUAGUCACUCUUUGGCGGAUAUUCUUUGAGUGUUUUUUGAAUUCAUUUUAUUUCGCAAUGGCUGCAAUCAGUUUAUUAAAUCCAAAAGCCGAGUUCGCUCGUGCGGCACAAGCUCUGUCGAUGAACAUCUCGGCUUCUAAAGGAAUUCAAGAUGUAAUGAGAACUAACUUAGGACCGAAAGGAACUUUGAAAAUGCUUGUCAGUGGUGCUGGAGAUAUCAAGAUAACAAAAGACGGCAAUGUCUUGUUACAUGAAAUGCAAAUUCAACAUCCAACUGCCUCACUCAUUGCUCGUGCAAGUACAGCACAAGAUGAUCAAACUGGAGAUGGAACAACUUCAACUGUUUUAAUUAUUGGAGAAUUGCUCAAACAAGCUGAGUUAUAUAUUGCUGAAGGAUUACAUCCAAGAAUCAUUGCUGAAGGUUACGAUCAAGCUCGUCUUCAAGCAAUUAAAAUUCUAGACGAAAUGAAACAUCCAAUUGAAAUUAAUCGAAAAAAUUUAAUUGAAAUUGCACGAACAUCAUUGCGCACUAAAUUGAAUGCUCAAAUGGCUGAUUUGCUUACAGAUGUUUGCGUUGAUGCCAUUUUGACAAUUUACAAGGAUGAUAAGCCUGUCGAUUUGCAUAUGGUUGAAAUGAUGGAAAUGCAACAUAAAACAGCGACAGAUACUCAGUUGGUUAAAGGAAUCGUCAUGGAUCAUGGAUCCCGUCAUCCUGACAUGCCGAAACGUGUUGAAAACGCUUACAUCCUUACAUGCAAUGUUUCAAUGGAGUAUGAGAAAUCGGAAGUCAAUUCAGGAUUCUUCUAUAAAACCGCCGAAGAACGUGAGAAAUUUGUCAUGGCUGAACGCGAUUUCAUCACUCAACGUGUGCAAAAAGUCAUUGAAUUGAAGAAGAAAUUGUGUGACGGAACAGACAAAUCUUUCGUUGUCAUUAAUCAGAAGGGAAUCGAUCCACAAUCUUUAGACAUGUUGGCAAAAGAAGGAAUUAUGGCAUUGCGUCGUGCAAAGAGACGUAACAUGGAACGAUUGGCUCUUGCAUGUGGCGGCACUGCAAUGAAUUCCUUUGACGAACUCAAAGAAGAUCAGCUUGGAUAUGCUGGUUUGGUUUAUGAACAUGUUUUGGGUGAAACCAAAUACACAUUCGUAGAAAACUGCAAAAUUCCACAAUCGGUUACAAUUUUGAUGAAAGGUCCCAACAAGCAUACAUUAAUGCAAAUCAAAGACGCUGUUAGAGACGGUCUUCGUUCAAUCAACAACGCUUUAGAAGAUAAAGCUUUGAUUCCUGGUGCUGGAGCUUUUGAAGUUCGUGCCUAUGUCAAAUUGCGAGAUCAUGCAAAAACCGUGAAAGGAAAAACUCGUUUGGCUAUUCAAGCUUACGCUGACGCUAUGUUAGUGAUUCCAAAAGUCCUUGCAGUUAACUCAGGUUACGAUGCUCAAGAUACGAUUGUGAGAUUACAAGAAGAAGCUGAAUUAUCUCCUGAUCCUAUUGGUCUCGAUCUCUCAACUGGUGAACCUAUGAAACCUGUCGAUUUAGGAAUUUAUGACAAUUACAUCGUAAAGAAACAAAUCAUCAACUCCUGCACUGUCAUCGCAAGUAACCUGCUUCUCGUUGAUGAAGUUAUGCGGGCUGGAAUGAGCAGUUUGAAAGGAUAAAGCAAAGAAUUGAGAUAAAUUACUUUAUUUUACUCUAAUUAAUUUUUUUGCAUCAUAAUUUUUCUCUACUAACACACAUUUUCUUUCUUGAGCUAUGAAUACAACAGGAAGUUUAAGUCAUUGCUUAAUUAUUCACAUCAAGAUUUACCACAUUGAAUAAAAACAGAGAGUUUCAUAACAUUAACUAUAAUUUAAUCUUUACUUUCAUUUAAAUUACAAACUUUGGCUUUAGCGCUUCAUAACGCGAAAAGUAAAUUUUUUUCUUUCCUCACUUUAAAUCUUUGAAAAUCGAACAACUAAAAUAUAAUAAAAAUUAAUACAUUUGCACAAUAAACAAAUUUUUUGUUUCUUUCUCUUAUAAAUCGAGUAUCAAAAUAAAAUCUUGGAAUUUCUUUGUUUCGUGAAUGAUUGUUCUGAAUGAUGAGUCAAAAAAUGAAAUGGGAUGACACAUUAUAGAAAAUGAAUUCGUUUUAAAGCUCGUUGUACUCAUUUGUACAACAGAAAUUAAGGAAUUGUUUGACAGUUAAUUUAUUCA